CACAAAUAACUUUAACACAACUCACAACACUACAAGCAAACCAAAAAAUAAAAACAAAGAGAAAGAAGAAAAAGCAAAGAGCUCAGCAAGACUCACAGAGAAGCAGUGAGGUAUUCUAUCUAUCAAUGGCAGGAAACACAGGGUCGGGGGUGGAGUGGCACGUGAGACCACCAAACCCAAAGAACCCAAUUGUCUUCUUCGACAUCACCAUCGGUAACAUCCCCGCUGGCCGUAUCAAGAUGGAGCUAUUCGCCGAUAUCGCCCCCAAAACCGCCGAAAAUUUCAGGCAGUUCUGUACAGGAGAGUACAGGAAAGCUGGAUUGCCUGUUGGUUACAAGGGUUGCCAGUUCCAUAGGGUGAUUAAGGAUUUCAUGAUUCAAGCUGGUGAUUUCUUAAAGGGUGAUGGCAGUGGAUGUGUUUCCAUCUACGGACAUAAGUUUGAGGAUGAAAAUUUUGUUGCCAAACACACUGGUGCUGGUCUGUUAUCAAUGGCUAAUAGUGGGCCGGGUACUAAUGGUUGUCAGUUCUUUAUCACUUGUGCAAAAUGCGACUGGCUUGACAAUAAGCACGUUGUAUUUGGGAGAGUGCUUGGAGAUGGUCUUCUGGUUGUCAGGAAGAUUGAGAAUGUAGCUGCUGGACCCAACAACCGGCCUAAGUUAGCUUGCGUUAUUGCUGAAUGUGGGGAAAUGUAAACUUAGUUCACAAACAGUUCUAACCACAACAGUUUCCAUAACCGUUAUAGAAGAUAUUCUCUAAAUCAAAUGAUCAUAUCAACUGUCCUUUUUAUGGAUAUACUAAAUAACUGAUUUUUAUCUUCCUUAGACUACAAA